AUGUGGUUCCGCAAACGCGAAAACGACAUCGAAAUGUCGGGUAUGAUGGACGGCGCGCCUAAGAAAAAGAAGCCUCAAGGUCCCCCGGAAGAAACAGAAUACCAGAAAUUCGAUUGGAAAAGAUUCUUCCUCGCCCCCAAGUACAUCCCAUGGCACAUACUGUUCAUCGUCAUUGGCAUCUUGACUGUCAUCAUCACGAUCAAACAUGACGCCGUUGUUGAGAAACUACGGCCGUGGUCCGAGAAAGUGCGAGACUUGCCAGCAGGAUGGCUAAUUCCUAUUGCUAUCCUGAUUGUCAUUUCUUUCCCUCCUUUGUUCGGUCAUGAGAUUAUCGCGCUGUUGUGUGGUGUUGUCUAUGGCCUAUGGAUUGGAUUCGCGAUUGUUGCAGCAGGCACAUUCAUCGGCGAAGUUGGCACAUGGUACGCCUUCAAAUACGCCUUCCGCUCCAAGGCUCUGAAAUUGGAGCGCACGAACUUGAAUUAUGGCGCUAUGGCACGUCUAACACGUGACGGCGGUUUCUUCAUCGUGCUUAUCAUUCGUCUCUCCGCCAUCCCAGCGCAUUUCUCCACCGCUGUUUUCUCAACCUGCGACGUCAAGUUCUGGCAUUUCGUCGUCGCUACUUUCCUCUCUCUGCCCAAACAGAUCUUCCUCGUUUACCUAGGUGUGUUGCUCCUACAAGAGAGCAACGACGACGUGAUCAAGACGGUCAUGUUCGGCGCUAUUUUUAUCAUCACUAUUGCCAUGGGUGUCUGGAUUUACAUGAAGAUGCGCACAGUGAAGAAGACACUUUUGGAGGAGCAAGAGUUACGAAGGGUAAAGAAGGCGGAGGCUGUGGAGCUGGUGCCGAAUGUCGAACGGGCGUUUGAUACGCGGUACGAUGAGGAGCCUGUGGCAUGGUCGACUAUGCAACCAACUCAGGUCAGCAGGCCGAUGGAGAGAAGAUACGAUGAGGAGCCUCCGGAGUGGGCUAUGGCACCUACGCAGCCGACCAGGAUGGUUUGA